ACAAAUCCGAAGAAGAAGAAGAAGUGUGACGUCGUAGUCCUGCGCCGGCACGUGUACACGUGCUGUUUUCAUAGGCAGAGGGGUGUUUUGAGUGUGUGACAUAUCUGUGUGUUAAGGUCCGGCGUAAAAGUAAAGCAGCAAAUAUGGGGAAGAAACUUAAGGUCGGAAAGACCCGGAAAGAUAAAUUCUACCACCUGGCCAAAGAAACAGGUUAUCGCUCUCGUUCCUCCUUCAAACUGAUCCAGCUUAACCGUAAGUUCCAGUUUCUGCAGAAAGCCCGAGCUCUGGUGGAUCUGUGCGCUGCACCUGGAGGGUGGUUGCAGGUAGCGUCUAAGUUUAUGCCUGUUUCAAGUCUGAUAAUCGGUGUUGACUUGGUCCCCAUUAAACCCAUCCCCAACGUGGUGACACUUCAAGAAGACAUCACCACUGAGAAAUGCAGACAGUCUCUCAGAAAGGAGCUUCAGACUUGGAAAGUGGAUGUUGUGUUAAACGAUGGAGCCCCAAAUGUGGGAGCUAACUGGCAGCACGAUGCCUUUUCCCAAGCUCACCUGACUCUCAUGGCUCUGAAGUUGGCCUGUGAGUUUCUUACCAAAGGAGGCACCUUUGUCACCAAGGUGUUUCGCUCCAAAGACUACCAGCCUCUGCUUUGGAUCUUCCAGCAGUUCUUCAAGAAGGUGCAGGCCACCAAACCGCAGGCAUCCAGGAAUGAGUCUGCUGAGAUCUUUGUCAUCUGUCAGGGUUUUGUUGCCCCGGACAAAAUCGACAGCAAGUUCUUUGACCCCAAGUAUGCAUUCAAAGAGGUGGAGGUGCAGGCCAAAACUGUGAAGGAGCUGAUCCCUGUAAAGAAGCCAAAGGCGGAGGGAUAUACAGAUGGAGAUCUGACGCUCUACCACAGUUUCAUGGUGACCGAUUUUCUGAAAGCCGAGAACCCAGUCGACUUUCUGGGAAAAGCCAGUGAGAUCACCUUCAACAAUCCUGAUCUGGAGUUUCACUCAGCAACCAGCAAUGAAAUAAAGGAGUGUUGUCGUGACAUCAAAGUCCUGGGCCGCAAAGAACUCCGCCUGCUGCUGAACUGGAGGUCCAAGCUGAGGAGAUACCUAGCUAAGAAACUGAAAGACGAGGCUAAGCAGCUCGACCAGGAGAUCAGCUUAAGCUCAGAUGAAGAAGGGAGCAAUUCAGAGGAAGAAGCAGGAAAGAAGGAGGAUGAAGAGGAGGAGGGUGAGGACAACGAGGAAGAAGAAAUGGUGAAAAAGCUGGCAGAGCUGAAAGCUGAGGAGGUGGCUGAGCUCAAACGGAAGAAGAGGAAACUGCUGAAGGAGCAGCGGAAGCAGAGAGAGAGAGUGGAGCUGAAGAUGGAUCUACCGGGUGUGUCCAUCGCCUCCACUGAGGACUCGUCCUUGUUCUCUCUCGUCUCCAUCAAGAAGAAAAAGGUGCUUGUUGACAUAUCAAAGGGGGACAUGAAGGCAGCGGACACUCUGGUAGAUGAAGACGAUGAUUUUCACCUCUCCGAUGAAGAUGGCGAUGAUGCAGAUAAAAUGUCACUGGCAUCUGAUUUGGAUGACGAGGAUCUGGAAGAGGUGGAACGGCGACAAAAGGAGCUGGAAAAGAAAGCGCCAAAAAAGAAAGUAAAGUUUACCAACCAAGAGGAGGAGGAGGAGGAUGAAGAGCAGGAUGGUGGCUUGGUGGUGGAGCUAGAGGGAAAAGAUGAGAAGAUGGAGCGUCAGGCCGACCUGUGGUUCAGCAAGGGCAUCUUCUCUGAGAUUGGCCUCGAAGGAGACGCAGAGAGCGAGCUCAAACAGACCGAGUGGCUCCGGACUAAACAGUCAGGAAAAGGCAAAAAGAGGAAAGCUGAGGAAGACAUAAAGGAGGAGGAGGAGCAGCAAGAAGCUGCUCUGCCAGAGGAGGAAAAGGCAGGACCAUCACUGGAAGCUGCAGAGGAGAGUGACAGUGACUCGGAUGACAGCAGCAAUGAUGAAACGGAGAUUACCAGAAUGAAGCAGGCCCGGGGGGCUGGUGGAGUAUCAGGAGAGGUCGAUGAUGACGACGACUUCCAGGUUGUUCCUGUCGAAAGUACCAGUAAGAAAGCUAGAAUCCUGAGUCCAGAAGGCCUGGCACUCGGCACUCAGAUCGCUACAUCUAAGAAGAGGGCAAGGGACCUGGUGGACAGCUCCUUCCACAGGUUCGCCACCUCUGACGAGCCGUGGGAAGUACCGGAGUGGUUCCUCGAUGAUGAACGGAAACACCGGAAGAGGCCGGUGCCGGUCACCAAGGAGAUGGUGGAGGAAUACAAACAAAAAUGGAAGGAGAUCAAUGCUCGGCCAAUCAAACGAGUUGCUGAGGCCAAGGCCAGGAAGAAGAGAAGGACGUUGAAAAAAAUGGAGCAGGCCAAGAAGAAAGCAGAAGCGGUUGUCAACACAGUGGACAUCUCUGAGAGGGAGAAGAUGGCUCAGCUGAAGAGUAUAUACAAGAAAGCCGGCUUGGGGAAAGAAAAGAGAGAAGUAACAUACGUUGUGAGCAAAAAGGGCGCUGGGAAGAAGGUGAGACGGCCUCCUGGUGUCAAAGGAGUCUUCAAGGUGGUGGACGGGCGCAUGAAGAAAGAUUUGCGGGGAAUGCAGAGAAAAGAACAACGUGCUAAAGGAGGCAAAGGAAAGCGCGGAAAGGGACGACAGGCUAAGGGUGGCAAAGGAGGGGUGAAGAGUGGUAAAGGGCGAAAAUGAAAAUGCAUUUGAGUUUCUGCUUGUCGUUAUUAUUAUUAUUAUUAUUAUUCAACUCCCUGGACUCGUGUUAUAACUGAGCAUUUGUGGAGCUUGGUGAACUACGAUGGUUCAGUUUUGGCUCCUGUAUCACAGACAAAAUAAACAUGAGUCUCUGUUUUGGAACCUUUGCUGGAUUUCUUAAAGCCCUGGAGACCUCAGACAUGUCUGGGAGAUAUGACAUCCAGGUUUUAUGUAUACGUCUCUGUGAAGAUGUAGCUGAUUUGCCUUGAACCCCCUGGAAGGAAGAGGAUUCACUGAACAGCUUAACUGUAAAAUGCAGUAAAAGUUUAUUGAUAAAUGUUUGUCUCGUGUAAAUACUAAUCUUUGCAAUAAAGUUUUUGUUCAGA